CACUCUGCUCUGGCACACUGAGCACCGAGCUGGCAGUUGGGUAGAAAUCAGAGUGCGCCAGCAGCGCGACCGAGAUGACCCACUUUUCGGUAUUCGCACUGAGACCCAACUGCUACUACCCACAGAAAGUGGACAACUAGGCGGAGUUUUUUUCUAUAUAGUAGCAGUGAAACGAUCGCGUUUUUCGGAUAUAUUAUGUACAGCCUACGUAGCCUAGUGUAAACUAUAUGCAUUUAUGUGAAUUUCCCAGCGCAAACGUGGAAGAGGAAAACAGGCGACCUGAAAAAGCAGCAGCAGCAGCAAGCAAGAAGCAGAAGCACAAGCAGCAAAAAAGUCGUCCGAGGGGCAGCCACAGCAUGCCGUACGAGUCGAUGCACCAUCAUCAGUCGGCGGCCGCUGCCGUGGCCGCUGGCACCACCCCCAACGGAAUGCUGGACGCCCUCAGCCUGCAGCUGCGCGAUGCCGAGAUGCGGCGCACGGAGAUCGAGCGGGCGCAUCAGGAAACCCUGGCACAAAUACGCAAUCUGAGCGGUAGCGCUCGUCCCGAUGCCGAGGCGGUGGAGAAUCUGCAGUCGAGAGCCCGGGAACUGGAAAAGAAGGUUGCGCUGGAAAAUGUGCGCUGCGAGGAGCUGCAAAUCGAACUGACGUCGGCUCUGAAGGCCAAACAGGCAUCCCGCUCGGCCUGCUCCGGAAUGGGGAGCGUGUCCUCCGGUGGCGGCGCGACCAUUCCUACAUCGGCCAGCAGCUCCACCGUCACUUGGGCACCGACAAUCAGCCACCAGGACCAAGGAUCCGAGAUUGAUAUCAUAAUGGCAAAGAUUGAGCAGGAUAAUCGCGUGCUGGCCGAGCUGGAACAACCUCGCACCUCGGCCAGCGCCAGCAUGUCAGCAUUGCCGCCCAGUUCCAUGUUGAGCACGGUAAAUAGCGAAUUUAGAACCAUAUCAAAGAGUGAACUCGAAGAAGAACUGAACCGCUACAAAAGAGCAGUUCUGGGAGGAAGCGGAGGAGGAGGAGGUGGCGUCGGCGGCGGCGGCGGCGGUGUCUCCGCCCUAUCCUCCGGCUACUCAAGCCUGCCGCAAUCGCUGGCCUCCACGCUGCCCAAUGGUGGGGCCAGCACCAGCUUGAGCGGCACCAGUCUUGGCUCGCACAGCGCGGCCGCCGCUGCUGCCGCCCACAGCGUCUCCGCUGGAUCGGGAGGCGUGGUCGGGGGCGGCGGCCAAGGCGGCCUAUCAUCCAUAUCGGCCCUGGUGCCCAACUCAAUCAGCGGCAUAUCCUCGAGUCUAAGCAGCCAUGCCAUUCAAUCGAUGCAGUACGGAACCGGACAGACGUCCGUGGAGAAACUGCUGAGCGGAACUAGUGGAAUCACUGGCAUUCCACCCCUGCCGGUAAAUAUUCACACGAUGAAGGCUAUGCCAACGGCAUUAAGUCAGCGCGGAACAAUACAGCUGUACAAUUUGCAGAGCACAACCAUGCCCCUCCUGUCACUCAACUCGCAUAACCUGCCGCCCGCCGGCUCGACCAGCUACUCAGCUUUGGGCGCCGGUGGCGGCACCUCGCUGACGCACCCGACCAUGGCCAAUCUGGGCCUGCUGGACACCGGCACCCUACUGGGUUCCACCGGCUUGAGCGGAUUGGGCGUGGGACCAAGUGUUGGCGGCAUCACUGGAGCCACAUCUCUGUACGGCCUAAGCGGUGGCGGCGGAGGAGCCGGUGGUCUGGGCAGCUCCUAUGGUCCGCCGUUCCUGGACGUGGCGUCGAGCGCCUCGUAUCCAUUCACCGCGGCCGCCCUGCGACAGGCUUCCAAAAUGAAAAUGCUGGACGAGAUUGACAUACCGCUGACGCGGUACAACCGCAGCUCGCCCUGCUCACCCAUUCCGCCGAACAACUGGGGACUGGACGAGUUCACCGACGGCCUCAGUGUCUCCAUGAUGCAUAACCGCGGCGGUCUGGCACUGGGUGCCCUAGAUUUGGACACUCGCAAUCAUGGCCUAAAUGGAGCCAGUGAACCGCAGGUGGAUAUGCUCGAUAUUCCUGGAAAGGGCCGCUGCUGCGUAUUCAUAGCCAGAUUUCCCUAUGAUCCUCCAGAUGUUCAUAAUGAAUUCCUUUCCAUGCCUUGCAGGGAGGCUGAGGGCGAGCUCUCCCUGUGCGCCGGCGACUAUCUGCUGGUGUGGACCAGUGGUGAGCCCCAAGGUGGCUACCUAGAUGCGGAGCUGCUGGACGGGCGACGCGGCCUUGUUCCUGCCUCCUUUGUGCAACGCUUAGUAGGCGACGACCUCCUGGAGUUCCACCAGGCGGUGCUGUCGACGCUGCGCGAUGCCGAGGACGGAUCGAUGCAGUGCGACACCACGUCGCUGCCCUCCUUGCCACCGCACAACCCAUUGCUCACACACACCCACGAGGAUCUGGCACGCUUAAGUGAGACGCACACCGAUCUGGAGCACGACCAGGACGACAUCAGCGACAAUGUUCCAGCACCCAAGCACUUGACGCUGGAACGGCAGCUGAACAAGAGCGUGCUCAUUGGCUGGUCGCCGCCGGAGCCAGUGGGCUACAACCUCAUCGACAGCUACCACGUCUACGUGGACGGCGUGCUCAAGGUCACCGUGAAGGCCAACGAACGCACACGCGCGCUUAUCGAGGGCGUUGACUCCACGCGGCCGCAUCGCAUCAGCGUGCGGAGCGUAACCCAGAACCGACAGACAUCGCGGGAUGCCGCCUGCACGAUGAUCAUCGGGCGGGACACCGCUCAUCUGGGCCCCUCGGCGGUGCGCGCCUCGCACAUAACUUGUUCCUCGGCGGUCAUCUCGUGGCUGCCGGCCAACUCGAACCACCAGCACGUGGUGUGUGUAAACAAUGUGGAGGUGCGCACCGUCAAGCCGGGCAUGUAUAGGCAUACAAUCACUGGCCUGGCGCCGAGCACCCAGUACCGGGUGACGGUGCGGGCCAAGCAUCUGCGGGCCGUGGGCCAGCAUGCGGCGAAUGUGGGCCAAACGGGCGGAGCUGGGCGGCCGGGACAGGAGGAGGCGCCCGGAGCGUAUGCUGACUUCCGCACCCUCACCAAGGGCCUGCCCGAUCCGCCGCAGGAGAUUCAGCUAGAGGCCGGUCCGCAGGAUGGUACCAUUCUGGUGACAUGGCAGCCGGUUAACAGGCCCACCUCGACGGGGCCUGUAACCGGCUAUGCUGUGUACGCCGAUGGUAAGAAGGUCACCGACAUUAACUCGCCCACCGGCGACCACGCCCUCAUCGACAUUGGCAAGCUGGGCGUCUUCAAUCCGCGUGCCGUGACCAUACGCACCAAGUCCCGCGAUUCCCAGUCGGCGGACAGUGCGCCCAUCUUGAUACCAAACACUGUGCGCAAUGCGGUGGCUCGCAGGGGUCCCAAUCAGAUGGGCAUGGGUCCGCAAUUGCCGCAGGGACCGCACGGGAUGACGGUGCAGCAGCAGAUGGGCGGCAUGCCCGGCCAGCCGGGUCAACAGGGCCAGCACAUGAUGGGUGGGCAGCAGGAUCACGGCCAGUACGAUCCCAAUCAGAUGCAGCAGCAGCAACAGCAGCAGGGUCAGCCGGGUCAACCGGGUCAUCAGCCCGACGCAGGCUCCGGAUUGUUAGGUGGCCUUCUCGGUGGCCUCUUCUCGAAACCCACACAGAAUCAAGUGAACCAGAAUGGCUAUCAGCCAGGCCAACCAGGAGCGCAACGGGGCAUGGUCCCGAUUCCAGGAAGACCGCAGGGACCACAGCAACAGCAGCAGCAGCCCUACGGACCCCAGGGUCCCAUGGGUGGGCCACGCUUUCGAGGACCAGUUCCCGGCCAGCUUAAUAUGCAGGGCCAGCAGAUGCAGGGGCAAAUGCAAGGGCAGAUGCAAGGGCAGAUGCAGGGUCAGAUGUCGGGUCAGAUGCCCGGUCAAAUGCCUGGACAAAUGCCUGGUCAAAUGCCAGGUCAGAUGGCUGGACAAAUGGCUGGUCAGAUGCCUGGCCAGAUGCCAGGUCAAAUGCCCGGUCAGAUGUCCGGUCAGAUGCCUGGCCAGAUGAUGGGACCACGAGGACCGCUCAAUCAGCAGCAACAGCAGCAGCAGCAGAUGCAGCAGGGCCAGAUGAUGCCCGGCCAGCAGGCAGGACAGCAGCAGGCCCAGCCCGGUCAACCGGGACAACCGGGUCAGAUGCCCGGAGCACAGAAGAAGCCCCGCUAUUUUGUGGCCAUGUUCGACUACGACCCAUCCACGAUGAGUCCAAAUCCCGAUGGCUGCGACGAAGAGCUGCCCUUCCAGGAGGGCGACACGAUCAAGGUAUUUGGUGAUAAGGAUGCGGAUGGCUUCUACUGGGGCGAGUUACGUGGCCGCCGAGGCUAUGUGCCGCACAACAUGGUCUCCGAGGUGGAGGACACCACCGCCUCCAUGACUGCCGGUGGACAGAUGCCCGGUCAAAUGCCGGGCCAGAUGGGCCAGGGCCAGGGAGUCGGCGUGGGCGGCACCGCCCAGGUGAUGCCCGGCCAAGGUGCUCCGCAGCAGAGCAUGCGCAACGUGAGCCGCGACCGCUGGGGUGACAUCUAUGCCAACAUGCCCGUGAAGCGAAUGAUCGCGCUCUACGACUACGAUCCCCAGGAGUUGAGUCCCAAUGUGGAUGCCGAGCAGGUGGAAUUGUGUUUCAAGACGGGCGAAAUCAUACUCGUCUACGGUGAUAUGGAUGAAGACGGUUUCUACAUGGGCGAACUGGACGGCGUGCGCGGCCUGGUGCCGUCUAACUUCCUGGCGGACGCGCCCGACCAGUACAACAACCAGAUGGGUCCGGGCGGAGUGGCCGGCCGCGGCGGUCUGAGCCAACGGGGCAGGGGUCAGGGGCCAGGAGCGAGGGGGCCGCCGCCCCCGCCACGUGACAACAUGAUGCCCGGAAUGGGCGGGCGCGGCCAGCCGGGCAAAAAUGCUCGCCCUGCUUCCCCUACACUGUUAGACAACACGGGCCAUCCUGCCCCCGAUCACCAAACGCAGGGGAUGAUCGGUCGCGUUGGUAAUGUUGGCCUGCAGCAGCAACAGCAACAGCAGCAGCAGCAGCAGCAACUCCAACAGCAGCAGCAGUACGGUCAGCAACAGACGCAGAUGGGACAGCAGCAGCAGCAACAGCAGCAAAUGGGACAACCUGGAAUGAUGGGUCAGCAAAUGGGUCAGCCGAUGGGUCAGCAAAUGGGACAGAUGGGUCAAAUGGGUCAGAUGGGUCAGCAGCAGAUGGGACAGCAGCAGAUGGGACAGCAGCAGCAGCCGCCGACGACACAGGCGCAAACGGGCGGACUAUUCUCCGGCGCGACUAGCCUGCUCUCUGGUGCUACCUCGGCUGCCACCGGUGGUCUAUUUGGGUCGAAGCAACCGCCCAAGACGGAUCCAAUGCAACCACAAGGUGGUGUGCAGCCAGCGCAGCAACAAGCAAACGCCUUUGGUGCCCAGCAGCCUGGCAUGGGCAUGCAGCAGCAGGGGGGAAUGCAGUCCGGAAUGCAGCAGGGCAUGCAGCAGGGCAUGCAGCAGGGUAUGCAGCAAGGGAUGCAGCAAGGGAUGCAGCAGGGGAUGCAGCAGGGCAUGCAGCAGGGUAUGCAGCCCGGAAUGCAGCAGCAGCAGCAGCAGCCACAACAAGUGCCACCGCAAGCCCAGGCGCCGCCUCCAGGACCGGGCGCCGGAUUGCUGGGCGGGCUCAAGGGCAUCGCGGCAGCGGCGCCCGGCGGCGAUGUCCUGUCGAAAGGCAAAGACCUCUUCGGAAAAUUCGGGUUCGGCUUUGGCAAAUAACCCCGGUCAUUCUAUAGGGUCCUGUUAUAUUAUUCGUAGAUUAGUCUUAUUAUUACUAUUAUGAUUAUGAUUAUUGCUAUUGAUUACGAUUACUAAGCUAAUAUAAAGUAAAACACAAAAAUGAUAAUGAUGAACAGACAAACCAAUGCUAAAGUUAAAACCCAUACCCGGUUCCGAACUGUAGGCCAAUGCAUAUGUUGUUGUUCUCGUUGAUAUGAAAUGAUAUGAUAUGAUAUGACUAAUAGUACUAAUACUAAUGGUAAUAUUUUUUAUUAAUUAAAUUAAUGAAAAUAUUAUGAGUGACCGACGGACAACAGCAGCAUCGGCCAAACAGCCGGGCCACAAAAAAAAAAAACCAAAAAAAUUACAAAAAAAACAAAGCCACAGAAAAGCCCAGAUAAAUUGUUGUAAAAUUAUUUAACAAAUUGCCUGCCGGUUUAGGUGACUGCAACUCCAUUAACCCACUAAAAGGAUAAAGCUCUAUAAUACAAGACCACACACACACACAUAUAUACACAGAUGCAAUACACACCCAUCACAUAGAUACUGAACACACAUAUAUUAUACAAAUACAAGUAAGCGAGGAGAAGAAAUAUAUUAUAUACAUACAUUAUAUUUACAAUUAUUUGUUAACGCACAUUGUUAAAUUUGCUACUGUUGCUGACCAGUUUAUAAAUAAAAACCAAAAAAGAGACGAGGAACGAUAGAGAAAAGAAGAUUUAUGAGAAGAUAAAGCAAACACAUAAGCUAAACUAAACCGAACAUAAACAUAAACAUACAUAUAUUAUAUGUAUAUAUUUAAAAUAUAUUGAAAACUAAAUUGAAAUACACUAAAAUUACAUUUAUAAAUCAAAACACAACCGAAUGUUGAGCAAUGUCAGACGAGCGGAAUGACGAAAAACAAAAAAUACAUACAUUAAAGUAAAUAAAUAAAUCGAUAUGGUACAUAUUUACAUAUAUUCGCAUAUACUAAAUACGAUUUCGCAUUCAAGCCAACCUCAAAUCGGGCGCAUUUCCAAGACUAGGCGACCUUGACUUCCAGUCCAGUACAAGAAGAUCACUUUCCCCAAACCCCAAACCCCAAAUCCCAAUCCCAAUCCACUCUAUUCUCAAUCCAGUGAUAGCCUGAGCCAAAUUCCCAUCCCUAUACCAAAAUUCCCAGUUCCAAAAAAACCCAAAUCGAAAGCCUUCGACUACUCGACUCAAAACUUCUAUUCAACGCCCCACUUUCUCAGUGUUUGAUGUCCAUAGAAGCCAUAUGCGAUAAAUAUCAGUGUAACUUAAAGCAAACCAAAGACCAAGAGAGAUCUACUCCUACAUAAAUACAUAUAUGGGAUACCCAAAUGGCAAAUACAAACAUAAUGUACUAAGCACAAGAUCGUAGCGUUAUAGACCCAGAAUACCCAGAAGAUCAAAAAAGCCCCAGGAGACAUGUUCACUAAAUUCAGCAAGGAGACUUUCUCACACCUUCUUUAGCAACUUAAGCCGCCCCUUGCUACUAAGUACUUCCUAUCGCUAUCUAUCUACCCCUGCCUAUCAAAAGUACACUCUUUCGAACGUUAUUUUAAUAUCAAUUACUACCAAUUACAAGUUACCAACUACUACCGAUAGUUAGUUACGCCGCAUACGACCAGUUCGGUGGCUAGUUCUCUCACGAGAAAGCCUGCUUUUGAACCGGAUCGAGAGAAGAUAGUCAAAUGUUUCCUAAUGUUUAAAAUUGCUUUGACUCAGCGCCCUCAUACACUCGGCAUACAGAAACAAAUACAUUGCGUACCUCUUGCUUUACGAAGAAAUACAAACAUUCAAGAUGUGAAGAGUAUAAAGAUAACAAAGUAUAUUAAUGAAAAAAUCUACCAAACAAAUACAUUAAACGAGGCAUAUUUAAAGAGCGCAUAGAGUUGCAUAUGUACAUGUGCUUGGCCGGCAAAAAUAAUUGUGAGCAAACGAUUACUUUAGACACACACACACAAAAACACACACUUACUACAGAACGACACAUACAUAGAUACAUAGAUACACUGCAAUUAAACCAAACACUGUAAAUUGUAACCAAGCAAAUGUGCAGUAGUGUGCGGGCAGAAAAAAUUAGAUAUCGGAAUUAGCCAGAUGUUUUGAAUGGAGACGGACUUACCGAAAUCGAAACAAGCGUUAACUUUUCCCACGUAACUGAUUUAAAUCUUACAAUCAAGUCACUGUAUUAUUAUUCAGCCACAUCGGAACUACAAUUACAAUCUACAAGCCUAACUUCGGCAUCCACCGAAGCCGUUAAGUUCCCGAAAAACCGGAAAAUAUAUCACAUCCGAAAUACGGGGACUGACCGGAAAUACACACAGACACAAACACAGAUACAGAUACAGUUACGGAUACGGACACUGACAAAUGCAGACAUACACACUCUAUAAUCAUUUACUAGAAACACCUAUACAACUAUACAACAGUUUAUUUCCUCGGAAACCAAGCGAACAAUAUAGAAUAAAUGAAAUUAAAUUCCCAUUAAACACACACUGGCAAAACAGAAAAAAAAAGAAAUGAUAAUGGCAAUGAGUACUAUGCAAUAUGAAAUGGAUAAACAAAACAAAUGAAAACCAACUAAAUUGUUAUACUGUAUUAUUAUACUUUUUCUAUAAAUUAUAAUUUCCUUAUUGAAC